AUGGUGAACCUGCGGAUGACACGUGGAGAACAUCAACAUCUUGCCCGGCCUUCUGAAGUAGUCGUGGGAAACCAUCACCGCUUCUUUGGUCACGUUAUGAGGAGAUCGUCUGGUCGUUUUGUUCAAUUAGUCCUAAGGAUGCUUACAGAUGCUAAUUGGAAAGGGCCUCCAGGUCGUAAAAGAAAGUUCUGGACGGAGGUGGUGAAGGAAGAUCUGAGGACAUCCGGCGUUGACGGGCAGUUCAUUCGAGAUGUGAAGUUCCGCUGCUUGUGGAAUAGCGACGGACGGGUAGAUUCUAUGCGACCUCUAGUUGAAGAUCGAACAGGAUUAGUUCGGAUAUGUUCAAGGACGACACACCCCGGCGAUCGGAUAGCCGCAUUAAGCCGUUACACCCGCUCGCCAAUUAAGUCAAGGUAA